AUGGCUGUCCCUAAGCUUCCUCCAGGCCCUCCAAAGCUCCCUAUAAUUGGAAACAUGCACCAACUACUAGGUAAGCCUCGUCAUGAGGCCCUCUGGCAACUUUCCAAAGAAUACGGCCCCCUUAUGCAAAUUCAAAUUGGUUUCAAACAGUUCCUUAUCAUCUCAUCCCCUGCCAUGGCCAAACAAAUCUUGAAAACUCAAGAUCACAUCUUUUGUUCUCGUUCAAUGUCCCACGCAGUCGAACGGCUUACAUACAACUAUCUGGACGUUGCGUUCGCCCCUCAAAAUGAUCACUGGAGAGAGAUGCGCAAGCUUUUGGUGUCUGAGUUCUUGGGUCCUAAGAAAGCUCCUUUGUUUAACCAUGUUUUGAUGGCCGAGAUCGAGAGCAUGGUUCGUUCUAUGGAGUUACUUCCAUCAAACGUUGUGGUAAACUUAAACGAGUUGUUUUUAGCAAUAGUAAAGGGGAUGAUGUGCAAGGUGGCGUUUGGUAACAACUAUAGACAACAACCGCUUAAGGGUCCGUCUUGGGAUGUGAUGGUUAAUGAAGCCCAAGGAAUGUUGGGAGGAUCACUUGGUGAUAACUUUCCAGGUUUGUUAGGAAGAUUCAUUGACCAAUUAAGCGGAUGGAAUCGUAAGAUCGAGAAAUGCUUUGCUAAUCUUGAUGCGUAUAUCGACACAAUUAUUGAUGAUCAUCACAAUCAAACCAUUGCUGAAGUAAGUGACAAUGACAAGGAUUUUGUCCAUGUUUUACUUGAGCUAUCUUUGAAAGAUGAUCCUUCUCGCUAUCGUUUGACUAAAGAAAAUGUGAAAGCCCUUAUAGCGGACGUUAUACUUGGAGGAGUUGAUACAACUGUCGUGACGAUGGUGUGGGCAAUGUCCGAGAUUGCUAGAAGUGGUAGAGUGAUGCAGAAGUUGCAAAGAGAAAUCCGAAAUCACAUAGGAAGAAAAGAGAAGGUAGACGAAGCGGAUAUCACAAAAAUGACAUACUUGAAGAUGGUGGUGAAAGAGACGUUAAGACUACAUCCACCUGCCCCAUUGUUGAUGCCACAUGAAAGCUUAAGCCAUUGCCAAAUUGAUGGUUAUGACGUCUUACCUAGGACUAUUGCUUUAAUCAACGCGUGGGGGAUGGGAAGAGAUCCAAGGAUAUGGGGUGACGACGGGGGUAGCCCAAAGACAAAUAAAAUUAUUAAUAUGCAAAGGGCUUAA